GGCUGUCCUUGUCGUUCCCACGCUCGUGAGAAGUAUCAGUUCAGGAGACGACUGGAACAUGCUGCAUACUCGUCUGGAAAUGACUCCCACAGAGAUCAACGACCUUUUCGCAAGUAUGUUGGCUAAGCUUGAUCCGCUGCACUGUGAAUCAUUCCACUUCUAUCUAGAAGUGAUGAAAUUUUCCGAAAAGUAUGCUUGGUUCAUGCAACCCAGAGUUGCACAAAUUACCGCUGCGCAGCUGGGCGACGAUCUCCUCAAUAUGUCAUAUGAAGACUUCUUACAGGCCUGUGACAUGGAAAGGUUGCGAAUUGUUAGCCGUAGCUCGGGAUUGCUGCAGAUUUACGAGGAUCCUCUUCACUAUGAGAGAGUGGGAUGCGUGGCCAUACCUCAAUUGACCGAUCAUGGCGGCACGCCAUCAACACACAUUGAUUCGGCAAGAGAUGCUGCGAAGCUCCGAGAACCUAUGGACUUGAGCGUAAUAAAUGCUGAAGCGCACAUGUGUGCCGACCGCGAACGCCUUGGGUGGAUACAUCGCUCUGCUCAUGAUUUCAUAUUCCCUCCGGACGGACCUGUACCACACGUCUGGAAAUCUGAAUUCGUCUUUGCAGAUGCUUGCGAUAGAUAUCUGCGCGGAGCUUUGAGGUUACUUGCGGUCUCGCCUUCAAUAUGGAGCGAAUCCAUACCAGGACUUCCGG